UCUAGCUUGUUCAAUGGCGAGGGAAAUACAAUUAAUUCACGAUAUCCUUAAAAUAGCACAAGUAGCUGCCGAUCUGGAGGAUCGGGAUAAAGCUGAGGACCUGCCAUGGAAGGAAAAUGCCCGCCGCAAGGGACACGCACCCAUAAGGACCAUACCUAAGGCGUGUACGUUUACCGAUGAUACAUCUUUACGCGCUCUUCACGGCAUGACCUGGACGGCAUUUGGCAAAUUGCUCAAGCAACUGCGGGGCAGACUGGAUCGGAAAAACCCCACCCUCCUUCCUGCCGAGACGCGCCUACAAAUGGCAUUGAGAUACCUGACAACUGGCGACUCUUUCAGCACCCUUGCCGGCAUCUAUCGUGUGGGUAAGUCGUCCAUUAAAUAUAUUGUUGAAGAAGUCAUCAAGGCCAUAGUGAAGGAGCUAAAGGGAGUCUGCCUGCAGACACCUCAAACUGAGGAGGAAUGGCUGGACGUAGCCAAGCAAUUUGAGGAGCUGUGGAACUUUCCCCACUGCCUGGGAUCUCUAGAUGGCCACCACAUUGCCUUCCGCUCGAAAACGGUCAAGGAUGACAGCUACACCAAUUACAGGCAGUUCCAAAGCAUUAUUAUGCUGGCUCUGGUCGAUGCCCAUCACAGAUUUCUGUACGUUGAUGCCAGCAGUCCAGGCGGAGCAACGGACGCCUUCACCGAGAGCACACUGUACAAUGGUUUGGAGAGCAACCUGCUGAACAUACCACAUGAAAAGCCACUCCUAGGCUUGAAUGAGGAACUGCCCCACGUGGUUCUGGCCGACAAGGGUUUCGAGCUACAGCCCUGGCUGAUGAAGCAGCAUGAGAUUCCCUCGACAAUUGAAAAAAAGAUCUUCAACUACCGCCUGAACCGAGCCCAUCGCGUGGUCGUCAACGCUCUGGGCAUUAUGUCCAGCAGCUUCCGAGCCCUGCAAACCGAAAUCAAGCUGGAGGCGUCCAUGGUGGAGAAGCUGGUGAUUGCCACGAGUAUUCUACACAACUUUCUCGUGCGCGAGGAGCCGGAGUAUCUAAAAGGACUGGAGAAGGAAGACACUGACUUGGUGACCCUGAUACCGGGCGAGUGGCGCAAGAAUUCCCUUUUCAUGGAGCUGGCCCCCCAUGGAGCCCCCAUACAGUUGGAUGGAAGCGAGAACGUGGCCUGCUCAAUCCGUGAUGGAUUCACAAUGUAUGUGAAUGCGUCGGGAGCCGUGCCCUGGCAAAUGGACGCAGUCAACCCCAUGUAGAAUAUUAUACGAGUAAAUAUAAAAAUUAAAUUUAAA